CGCUUGGACAAAGAUCAAGACCAUGGUCGUGCCGAUGAAAUACAUUAGCAUCGUGUUCUUAACGUUGGCCUCGAAUCUUGCACGGGGGUACCAGCACCCCCCCCAUUCCCCCUCGACGUCAUCCGCCCACCGCAUGACAUGUCCGGCGCUGCACAAUAUUGCCAACGGCAGCGUGCAGAUCACCGGGUCGGCUGCCGGCGCCACCGCGUCGUACUCGUGCCAGACCAACUACGCCAUGACCGGAACGUCGUCGCGCACGUGCAAACAUGGCGCGUGGAGCGGCAGCGAGCCGCGCUGUCGCGUCGUGUACAGCCGAGACUCGGACAAUUCGUUCAAGGCGGGCCACAAGGGGUACAAAAUCGGCAUGAAAUGAACCAUAAAGUAAGUUAGUAUAACCCCUCGAAAACUUGGACAUUUUAUACCCGAA